AUGAACUCAAUAAAGGUAUUAGUCAGUUCUAUAGAUAAUAUCAUCCCAACCAACUUUGGAUACGAUAUACCUCCAGUGAUAGAUGCCGAUAUAUCAGAUGACAAGUAUGGUCAAGAUAUAGAAGUCACCACAGAGACUCAACAAGAUGAAGAUGAAGAAGAAGUCGAGGACUCAGAUGGCUCAAUCAAUUUGACACAAGACUCUAAUAAUGCUACCGAUUUAUCAACAGGUAAAGAAGCAGAUGAAAUAGAAAGUGAUGAUAUACCACAACCUCCAAUACCAUUUCUUUAUUCAUUUCUUCUUGGACUUUGGGAUAUCAUAUAUUUCUUUCCCAAUUAUUUAAUUAUAAAACCUACCAUUUUUAUUUAUUUCGUGGUAACAUUCCCAUUGAGAUUAGUACUAAAGCAAUUGGGCAUAGGCGAUUCAGACUCCAAGCUGCCUACUAUUGGAGCACCGGAUGCACCUAUAGCAGAUGAAGAGGACGAAGAUGAAGAUGAUGAAUUGGUUACCAGGGCCAAACCAUCCCCACGUGUAACUGAAUCAUCAAAAUCUACAAGCCAAAAUGAAUCUAAUGAUUAUGACGAAAAAACAGAAAUAUUAAGUAAAGAAAACCUCAUAUCAAAUAGUUUGAAAUCACCAAGUGAAUUUUCCAAAUAUCUUAUACCACCACCACAAAGACUAUAUCCUCUCUCAAGGAACCCCGACAAAAAACGAAACAAAAAGAUCCUCAUUCUUGACCUUGAUGAAACCUUAAUCCAUUCAUUAUCCCCUGGCUCACCUAGAUCAUUCAGUGCCGCAUCACAUUCCAAACAAAUAGAAAUCAAACUUAAUAACAUUAGUUCCCUUUACUAUGUCCAUAAACGUCCUUAUUGCGAUUAUUUCCUUUCUGAAGCCUCAAAAUGGUUCGAACUCCAAAUCUUCACCGCCAGUGUCAAGGAAUACGCCGAUCCAAUCAUAAACUGGCUAGAAGGAGAUAUUCUUGAUCGCACGACAAAACGAGAUAAAUCUGAUCCAAAUUGGAUUCCGCCCAAGAUAUUCACCAAGAGAUACUAUAGAAACGAUUGUACAUACAGACCCGGAGUGGGAUAUAUUAAAGAUUUAUCUAAAUUCGUCAAGGACGAAGAAUUGAAGAAUGUAUUGAUUUUGGAUAAUAGUCCAAUCAGUUAUGCAUUACACGAAGACAAUGCUGUAGGCAUAGAGGGUUGGAUUAAUGAUCAUAGUGAUCGUGAUUUAUUGAAUUUGUUACCAAUGUUGCAUAGUUUGAGUUUAUGUAUUGAUGUAAGAUUUAUUAUGGGAUUAAAGAAGGGUGAGAAGGUUUUUGAACUGUAA